UACUGCAUCAGUAUGCCGGACGGUGCCGUUUCGAAAUGUUAAAAAAUAUUUAUGACAAUUUUUUUAUAGUGAAUAUUUAUUACUAAAAUUUGCCAAAGUUUUUAUUUAAAAAUAUAUUAUAGCUGAAAAAUAAAAAAAACAGCUUUUUAAACUUUAAAAAAAAUCAUAUUUUUUAAUGUUUAUUUAAAAAGCAACCAAAAAGAAAUUAUAUCAAUUGAAAACAAAACAAUUUUUUAAAUAUAUUUUUAAAAAAAUGUUGACGUUAAUUUAAUCAAUAUUUCGAUCAAAUAAAUUUUUAUAUAUUUCGACGUUUAAAUUUUUAUUAUUAAAAAUGAAAAAAAUUUAUUAAUUAUUUGGAUAUUUAUCAUUAAUAAUUGUCAAAUAAAAUUAUGCAAUUUACUGUGAUAAACAUUGACUCAUGGAAGACUUGAUUUGUUGAAGAUAAAAAAAAAAAAAUAUAAAAAAAGUUUUUUUAAAUAAAUUACAAACAAAGAAAACACAGUGUUUAAUAAAAAAAAUGUUUAACACAACAACUGCUGGAUUAAUAACGUCAACAACAGCCUCUGAUGUUGUGGCUGUUGUUGCAGCAGCAGCUGCUGCUGCAUCAAUGACAGCAACAACAGCUGAUCCAGAUGGAUAUUUAUCAAGUACAAUGACUGAUAUAUUAUCACUUGAUGUACAAAAAGCAAUGAUUGAAAUUGAUACUGAUUUAAAAGUAUCACCAGUAACAUUAUCUUCUGACUGGUCUAGAGUUGCACGUUUAUUAUUACUUGCAUCACUUGCUGUUGUUGGUAGUGUUGGUAAUGUAUUUAUGAUAUCAGCUGUUAUGGUAGAAGAUCAUCUAAGAAAAUUAGGUAAUUCAUUUCUGGUUAAUGUUGCACUUGCUGAUUUAUUAGUAACUGGUUUAGUAUUGCCAGCAUCAGCAAUUGUUAUAUUAGCUGGACAAAAAGAAACACCAGGUAUUUGUAAAUUUGAAUGGACAUUGGAGGCAUUAUGUUUUUUGGUAACAUCAUUGACAUUGGCAACAGUUGCUGUUGAAAAUUAUUCAAGGCUUUGUUUAUCAGCACAAACGUAUGCUAAAGUAACAAGCAGACGUGUUACAACAUUGACACUUGCUAUAUGGUUUAUUGCUGCAGCAGCAGUUGCUCUACAAUCAACACUUAAACUUGGUCCUGAUUUUUGUGGUCGUCGUUUUCAUGGUAUUGCUAUGGAACAAGCAAUUGGUGCUUGGUUUUUAGUUAUAUUACCAGCAUUUGUUACAAUAUUUUGUUAUAUUAAAUUAGUAUGUCGUGUACGUCAUACAAUAAAAAGAUCAUUUAAACCACCAACAACAUUAGCAUGGGAUUAUGAAUUGGCUAAAACAAAUAUUUAUAGUUUUGUAUUAUUUGUUAUAUUUUGGUCACCACUUAUAACAGCAUUAAUAAUGAGUAAUUUUAUGAAUGUUAGUGCAAGAAUUUUUUACAAUCUUGCAUGGUUUGCAUUAUCAAAAUCAUGUAUUAAUAAUUUAUUAUAUUGUAUAUUUGAUCGUCAUUUUCGUAAUGCUUAUGUUAAAUUAUUUAAUUAUUGUUGUUGUAAAACUGGUUUUACAUUUGGUAGAAGAACAAGAGGACAUGGUACAGCAUCAUCUGGUGAUGUUAGAUUACGUGUACAUAUUAUACAUUCAUAUGCUAGUCCUUCUGCAUGUCGACCUAAUAUUGCUGGUAGAGUUAAUGGUAGAGAUGUCUAUGAAUUGUAAUCUCAUUUUCCUCUCAUCUCCAAAGAAACAAUCUCUCCUUUUUUUUAAAAAAAACAGCAAUUAAAAGAAGUGAAAUUAGCUAUUAAAUUCACUGUUAAUUUAUCCAAAACUCAGGUAUUUUUUCGCUUCUUUGAAAGUACUUCUAAGUUCAAAUUUUAAAACAAAUAUUCACUAACAAAAAAAAAGAAAUAUCUACUUCAAAUAUAAAUAAAUAUAAACAAUCAAUACAAAAAAAA